GGGACCAAUGUAUCGGGGCGAGGAGAGAGGGCAAAAGGGUGGUGCGAGUCGCAUGUGAAGGUGUACACAUUAGCACUGCGCGUUCGACAAAAAGGUGUUCAGUAAUAUAAAAAGGAAAGUGAUUUGGGGAGCGAAAUUCUCCGAAUAAAUGGCGGCAAAUGCAGUUCAGAUCGUAAUAGUGUAAGCAGCGAAGAGAGAGAAAAAGAAUCGUUACUUCUCUCUCUAGAAUGAAUUACACCAUGGAAGUUGUUAACUGGAUACUUAUUAUUGAAUAUUCAUCUCAAGAAUUUGAUUUCUGUCACUAAAUUAUCUGUUACUCCAUUCGUUGCCUUUUCUAAUAUCAAGAUUUAUCGUUAAGGCCUUUCUAAGGACUCUUGAAUUAAAGGAUUUUGGUUCUACGGACACUAAUGAAGAAUUUCUUGAAGAGAGUAGUUUAUGCGGAGAUUCUUGGCGUCGAGUUGUUGCAUUUGAUUAAUUCUUUGUUUUAGUGAGUUCUUUGAAGGUUGUAGGUUGGUUUAGGAAUUAGGGUUUUAGGUGUGGGGUGAGGAUGGGAAUGGAUGGCCUGAUGCUCCUGACGGAGGGACCACCGAUAAAGCGGCGAGCAGGGUUGCGAAGGAAACAAGCUGGAAGAGGAUCUUAUAGAGGCAGCUAGGGCAUAAUUAGGGUUUGUCUGAGGUUUAAUUGAUUAACCUGGUCAGGUAAGAGUUAGGGAGGGUUUAUUAGAAUCUUUUGACCGGAGGAGAUGGGUACUCAGUUGCACCAAGCACUCAGGACCCUCUGUUCCAACACUGAGUGGAACUACGCCGUGUUUUGGAAACUCAAACAUCGAGCUCGAAUGAUGUUGACUUGGGAGGAUGCGUACUAUGACUAUCAUGAGCAACAUGAUCCUUCCAAGAACAAGUUCUACAGUGACAUAGUGGGCAACUUCCAAAAUGGGCAUUAUUCACAUGACCCUCUUGGGUUAGCUGUGGCAAAGAUGUCAUAUCAUGUAUACUCUCUUGGAGAAGGGAUUGUUGGACAGGUAGCAGUUACUGGAAAGUACCUAUGGAUUUUUGCAGAUACACAUGCAAUUGACCCCUCUUCAUCAUAUAACUACUGCGAUGGGUGGCAAACUCAGUUUUCAGCCGGGAUAAGGACUGUUGUUGUGGUUGCUGUUGUUCCACAUGGAGUUGUACAGCUUGGCUCUUUAAAUAAAGUCAGUGAGGAUUUGAAGCUGGUGAACCGUAUCAGAGAGAUCUUUUAUGCGUUUCAAGAUUCCUCAGUGGAGUGCAUCCCCAGUGUAGUACAAUAUAGUAUGGCGAGUUCUUCAUGUCUGUCAGCAAUAUCUACAAGAAGUUCAAGUUCUGGGAUUGUUAGUGAUUGCAUCCACAAUCUAGAUAGAACUAUGAACAAGGAGAAGACAAAUAUUUGGUCUCCCGUGUUUCCAUCUCUUGAAAAAUCUGAGGACCGUUCUUAUCCGUUGCCUGGUGCUUAUCUGAAAAAGACAGUUGAAAUGAUCGAUAAACACGGAGGACAUGAAUUAUCAACGCCAGAGGAUCAUGAAAGUGCCAACUUACUUCAGUCUAGAUCUGAUCUUUUCCUUGUGGAGUGGCAGAAACAAGAACAGACAAACUUGAUUGUUGAUAAAAAGUUUGAAGAGAAGACUAGUGGCUUUAGGGAUAGAGGAUUGGGUUCAGAAGACACUGAUACUUCAAUUUUGCACAAUUGUUAUAAUAAUGGUACUGGUUUAUAUAAUGUUACCGUUCCUUCUGAUAACUUAUAUAAUGUUACCGUUCCUUCUGAUAACUUGGGGGUAGAUAUUAUGCACUUCCCCUCGGACCUCCCUAACUCUGCAGCUUGGGAUAAUCAUAAUGGUGUGUUGUGCAUGCCAGAACCUUUUGAUAUGCAAAUUCAAAAAGAUUUGAUGAAGAACUUUGAGAACCAAACAGAGUUCAAUCAUGUGGACACAUUGAACACAUCCUUCAAGUUCUCUGCUGGCUGUGAGCUGUAUGAAGCACUAGGGCCAGCUUUUCGAACACAGAAUAUGUAUGGUGAUUGUGAGAUGGGAAAAACAGAAACAGAAACCACUAUUGACGUGCCAAGCAGACUGAGCAGUAAUAACCUGUUGAUGACAGACUCUGGCUCGGAGCAUCUAUUAGAAGCAGUGGUAGCUAAUGUUUGCAGUAGUGGUACUGAUGUUGAAAGUGGGAACUCAUUCUGUAAAUCAGGGCAAUCCCUGUUAUCGACUGAAAAGAUGUCAGAUCCAUCCAAUGGUCAGCAUGCCAUUGGUUCAACAAAUUGUUCGUUUGAGUGGUCUCUUGCAGAAGAGGACAAGGUUCACUGCUUGAACUCCUCAAAGACAUGUGCGAGGUCUACUAAAGGCUUUUCAUCCACAAGUCCUAGUACAUGUAGUCAACAGUCGGAGAGGCCACAAGAACCAGCUAAGAUCAAUAAAAAAAGGGUGAGAUCUGGUGAAAAUUGUAGGCCCAGGCCAAGGGACAGACAAUUGAUCCAAGAUCGAAUUAAGGAGUUGCGAGAGCUUGUGCCCAAUGGAUCAAAGUGCAGUAUUGAUUCACUUUUAGAGCAAACAAUCAAGCACAUGCUCUUUCUGCAAAGCAUCACUAGGCAUGCAGACAAGCUAAAUGAAUGCGCUGAAUCGAAGUUGUGUGACAAGGGAACAGGUAUACGUGGAUUGUCCAGUUGUGAGCAGGGUUCUAGCUGGGCCGUGGAAGUGGGGAGUCACCUGAAAGUUUGUCCAAUAAUGGUAGAAAAUAUUAACAUGGAUGGACAGAUGCUGAUAGAGAUGUUGUGUGAGGACUGUAGCCAUUUUCUUGAGGUAGCAGAAGCUGUCAGAAGCUUGGGUCUGAUAAUUUUGAAAGGUGUAACCGAGACCUAUGGUGAGAAGACUUGGAUGUGUUUUAUUGUUGAGGGACAGAACAACAGAAGCGUGCAUCGGAUGGACAUAUUGUGGUCACUUGUGCAGAUAUUACAACCCAAGACAAAAAUUUAAGGGCGAUGGCUUUUGGUAGUUGUGAAUAAAUUUGAAUAGAAUAACAUUUCAGGAGCUGAAAGACAGUGCAAAUACUGCAACUACGUUUCUGAUGGCUAUAUUGUUGUGCAACUCCUAGAGACAGUAAUUUUGUCUCAUUUUUAUUAUAUCGUGAGUCCUUUGUGAUCUUUAAUUGGAAUUUCUGGUUUAUGUUUUUUUGUUUUUGCAGACUGAUAACUGGUGUAAAGAGUUGCCAUCUGUCUUAUCUGCUACGAAGUAUGUAGAAGUGGAUUCUUGUUAUCUUUUCUUA